AUGAAUCUCCACAACCUCCCGUGCAUUGAAUUCCUAGUGGGGGCAUUCUUACUAUGGAUAGUUGUUGCAAAAAGACAUCAUAUUAUUAACAUCGUGAUCUCUAGCGUUAUAUAUCCAAUCAAAAAUGACGAAGGAGAGUCCAUCCGAGGGCCAAGUUGGCAAUCUUUAGAUGGUCAAUGCCUUGAAAAGUUUCUUGAUGGGCGUAGUGCCAGUCAAGUUUGGCGUCAGCAUGGUCCAGUGUAUCGUAUCUGGUCAGGAUUUACUCCUGAAGUUGUGGUAACAAGACCAGAGGAUGUGAAGACUUUCCAUGCAGAUUCAUCAAGCCACAGAAAGUCCCCCUCUAGUAAUGGAGGCUGGUUCUUCCAUCAGAUGCUAGGUGACUGCAUGGGCUUGAUAAAUGACCAACGCUGGAAGGAGGUGCGAGCGCAAUUACAUACAUACUUCACUCAUGGUGCUGUCAUCAAAUCCUGUGAUUUUAUCUCGGACUUCACGAUGGAUUAUUUCCGAUGCCUUGAGACCAAGGAAGCCAACACUAUAAAGCCACAAGCUGUUACUUCCUUCUCACGCUUCCCUUUCUUGGCAACUGCCGAGUAUAUAUACGGGCCAUUGACAGAGACAGAAAAGGAUCGGCUUUGGACACUGGGACAGCGAAGUCUUACACUUAUGGUCCAUGUUUUGGAAGGAGGAGUGUAUCGAUUCGGGAUUUGCCGUUGGCUAAAGCCGAAACAAUAUCUGAAACUCAAGGAAUUUGAGAAAGACUGGACUGAAUUCAACGAGGCUAUCGUGGAAGCGAGGAAGACCCAAAACAAGACCCCGCCAGUCGUGGAAGCAUGGAGAGCAGUGGAUGAAGGCGUGGUCGCCAAAAAGGAGAUGAUUCAAACAAUGAGUGAGAUACUCUUUGCAAAUCUCGAUGUGUCAACAAAUGUUCUGAGUUGGUUGAUCAUAUUUAUUGCCGAGGAUGCAAGCAUACAGCGGCAACUCAGGAAAGAAAUACGAGCGAAUGCUAGUCUCCGGGAUAAUUUUUGCAACAGCAAAGACUCAUUACUGCACCUCUGCUUAUUAGAGUCCAUUAGGCUUCGGCCAUUCACUGUUUUCACAAUCCCGGAAUAUUCACCCCAUAGUGUGGUCUUUGGGGGGUACACAAUUCCUCCAAAUACAAGCGUUGUGGUUGACACACUGGCAAUCAACUACAAUCCUCAGUUUUGGGGAAAGAACAGCACCCAAUUUAAUCCUCAUCGGCUCAAGGACGUAUCCUCUACUGAUCUUCGAUAUAACUUGUUCACUUUCGGAUUUGGCUCGCGAAAAUGCCUGGGAAAGCACUUUGCAGAGGCAAUGGUUAAGACUUUCGUUGCUGAAUUGCUCUCUCGAUAUGAGAUUCGCAUUCCGAAUACUGCGGCUGAUGGUCAGGAUAUAAAAGAAAGGAAGGCUACCUGGGUGCCUAUCUCAGAUAUCGAGAUUAUGUUAAUUCCGGUCAUCAAUUAA